UUGAGUAUCCAAUUAAAAGCGCAAAAAUCUUUUAGUUUAAGAGACUCGAUUUUCCUUACUACUGCACCAACUCUCAUUUUCAUUUUUAAUCUCAAUCUCAAUCUCAAUUAAAUUAUCAAAAUCAAUCUCUCUCUUUGGAGUUGAUUGUGGUGAGAAUGACGACGAAACCUUUGAUCAACGUUCCGAUCCUCCCUUCGCUUCCUCAUUUCUACAAGUCCAACACCAAAACUCUCAAGCUCCUUAAAACUCCCCCGCUUUCUUGCUUCAGGAAGAAUGGGAACGUCAAUGGCUUCUCUAGACUACCUUUAAAAAUGGAGUCAGGUGGCCAUGAUAACGCAGAUAAGUCUCAGGAAAAUUUUCAGACUUCAAAUAUGGAGCAGGAAAUGAAAAAUAAUGAUAUUUGGCGACUCUUUAAAGAAGCUCAGCAGAAUAUUUUAUACUUGAACAAACAACGUCUUUGGGCUGUUGAGGAGCUGAACAGAACGAACAGAGAAAAAGAACUUUUGCUUGACAAGAUAGAUCAACUGGAAGCUGAAAAGCAGAGCCUUGAAGUUAAAGAUAAGCAAUCAAUUUGUUGGGAGUUGCUGCUUCGGAUAGACUCAAUGGUUCUCACUGGCUUGAUUAACACCGGGGAGGCAUCUGAUUUGAGAAAUCUGGUCCUGGAUUCUAAAGUUAGGGUAGCUGAUGUUUUCUCUGAUAUCCUGCAGAAAAAUGAUGCUGAGCUUUUGGCUGAAUUCCAACAUUUCCUCAAUGAAAGCAAAAAGAAUGCUUAUCACAUUAUCCACAUCUGCACUGAAAUGGAACCGUUGGUCUCAGUUGGAUCUUUGGCUUCAUAUGUAACAGGCUUAUGCUGUGCACUACAAAGAAAGGGCCACUUAGUGGAGGUUAUUUUGCCAAAGUAUGCUAGUAUGGACCUAGAUGAAGUGCAUGGGCUGCGGGAAAUUGAGGCAGAGGCCUAUUCAUAUUUUAAUGGUCAAUUGCAUGGAAACAAAAUUUGGACUGGUGUUGUCCAUGGAAUUGGAGUCACUUUCAUUCAACCUUUGGAUUAUUCAUCAUUUUUCAGCCGUGAUAGGGUAUAUGGUUAUCCAGAUGACUUUGAACGGUUUACCUAUUUUUCUCGUGCUUCUUUAGAUUAUAUUGUAAAAUCUGGAAAGAAGCCUGAUGUCUUACACAUACACAACUGGGAGACUGCUGUAGUUGGACCACUUUUCUGGGAUAUAUUUGUUAACCAGGGUCUUGGAAGCACUAAAAUAAUGUUGACUUGCCACAGCCUUGAUUCACAGUGUCUUGCACAUCCUGAUAAGCUUGCACUCUGUGGACUUGAUCCUGUUAGACUUCACCGUCCUGACCGUUUGCAAGACAACAAUAAGACACAUCUAAUCAACACUUUGAAGGGUGGUGUAGUUUACUCCAAUAAAGUCAUUAUAAUGUCAUCCAUGCAUUCAAAAAGCGAGAUCAUUCGUAGUUUGAGUCAUGGACUGGAAUCUACCCUAAGCAUUCACCAGAACAAGUUGCUUGUUGCUCCUUUUGGAUUUGACAACUCCACCUGGGAUCCUUAUUAUGACAAAUUUCUUAGAGAAAAUUAUUGUGCAGAGAAUAUACAGGGUAAAACUGCUUGCAAAGUUGCAUUACAGCAGCAGCUGGGGUUAUUCAAGCAUGCUUCUACAGUUCUUGUUGGAUGCAUGUUCUCAGAGGUAUCAGAUGUUGUUUUGGAGAACCUGAAGGCAGUUCUUCGAGAUGCUAUCAUGAAUGGCAUCCAGUUUAUCUUCAUGGGGACUGACAAAACACCAAGUGCGAAUAGUGCAUUGGUAUCUUUGCAGGAAGAGCUUAAGGGUGGACAUGUGAGAUUUUUCGAUAUCUAUGAUGAAGCUUUAGCACACCUGAUCUUUGCAGGAUCUGACAUUAUAUUGUGCCAAUCCUUCCAUGAUCCUGUCCUUCAAGUGCCACUCAAGGCCCUAAAAUAUGGUGCUGCUCCAGUUUCAGUGGCCUCGGAUGAUAUCAGAUUCAGGCAUUUUCUAGAUAUUGAGACCACUAAAUUUUCACAGUUUAUCAACUCUACCUUCGGAAAUAUGACCCUAAGCCAGGCUUUGAACGAAAUUAAGAACAGCCCAUCUACAUGGAAGCAAAAAAUCAUCGAUGCCAUGUCACGAGACUUCUCGUGGGACGCAGAAUGCUGCAACAUUCAUAUUUCUGCAUACUCAGCCCUAAAGAAUUUGUAAAUCCCCGAACAGGUUUGCAUGUAUAUAUGUAUAUAUCAAUGAAGGCGUCGAUCAUUAGUAUAGCUACAAAUUUUGAGGUUGGCAUAAGUUGUGUCUCCAUGCAUAAGGGGCGGGCAGCAUGGCAUUUAAUUGCCAUUUCAGUAGCUUGAAGGGAAUAAGGUAGAAUAAUAAGUUGCAGGUAUUAAUCCUUCAAUUGUAUAGCCUUUUUAAGUGUAGUAAAUACUAUAUAAUCAUGUACUAUUGCAUGGUGGUUUUUGUAUGUAAAAUUUGUAAAUGGUUGCAUAAAGUGAGACCAAAACAAAAGGAUUAAUGCUCUGAACACUAGUGUGUUAAUAAAUAACAGCAGCAUUUGAUUU